AUGUCUCAAUCCAAGGCUGGACGGAGGAGGAGAUCGAGCAGUAUCAUCUACCAGGAGCCGCCGGAAUCCAUCGAGCAUACCAGUGAUCAGGCUGCCCUACCGAACCUCAAUGCUAACUGGGUCAAUGCCAAGGGUGCCUGGACAAUCCAUUUCGUUCUCAUCAUUGCCUUGAAGAUCUUCUACGACAUCAUUCCUGGCGUCUCGCAGGAGACAUCAUGGACCCUCACGAAUAUCAGCUAUAUGUUCGGCUCCUUCCUCAUGUUUCACUGGGUGCGGGGUAUUCCAUUCGAGUUCAACGCUGGAGCAUACGACAACCUCAAUAUGUGGGAGCAAAUUGACAACGGCGACCAAUACACGCCCACAAAGAAGUUUCUCCUUUGUGUCCCUAUUUGUCUCUUCCUACUCAGCACACAUUACACACACUACGACUUGACCUACUUCACUAUCAAUUUCCUGGCCACUCUGGGUGUUGUCAUUCCAAAAUUACCAUUUUCACACCGUCUGCGGAUAGGUCUCUUUUCUGACUUACCGGAUGAGUCGACAUAG